AUGGACGGGAAGAUCCAGCAGCUCCCGCAUAGGAGGGCUGACGCGGUGCCCUGCGACUUCUGCGGGGAGGAGACGGCGGUGAUCUACUGCCGCGCCGACAGCGCCAAGCUCUGCCUGUCCUGCGACCAGCACGUUCACCAGGCCAACGCCCUCUCCCGCAAGCACCUGCGCACCCAGAUCUGCAACAACUGCGGCUCCCAGCCGGUCGCCUUCCGCUGCCCCGCCGACGGCUUGUCGCUGUGCCAGGACUGCGACUGGGACGCCCACGGGUCCUGCGGCUCCUCCCAUGAGCGGACCCCCGUCGAGGGCUUCUCCGGUAUCCCCUCCGCCCUCGAUCUCGCCGCCGCCUGGGGUUUCGACCUCGCCGGGAAGUCCUCCGGCGACCCUCAGAGGUUCUCCGGCUGGUUGUCCGGCGACUCGAUCCCCGACAUGGAUUCAGUGCUACUCCAGGACCUGUACUUCACCUGCGCAGACAUGGCCUCCUUCGCGAGGGCGGAGCAGACCCCACUCCACGGCAGAAGGCAUACGCUGGCUCUCCUUCGGCAGCUGACGGAGAUGACAAAGCGCGAGACGGCGGCGGCGCCCCCUUGCGAGCUCGGGCCCGAGACCCCCGUGAGGAACAACAGGUGCCGCGACGCCGAGGAUGGGACGGAUUUACGGCAGAUGGCGUACACCUCCUUCCUCAUGCUCCCCCCCGGGGGAUGCCCUGGCCAUGGCGAGAGGGAUCAGCUCCGGGAAGAAGACAUCCUUUGGGAUUGCGACCCACUCAAUCACGCUUCCCAGGUUUGAAAGUUCUCCCCUUCGCUGCAUUUCAAAUCUGCUUCUCCUUUUAUCGAUCUUUGCUCGUAUUCCUACCUGAUAUAUCGUAAUCUCCGGGAUAAAUCAGCAUCGAUUCCGAGACUGCGUCGGAAGAACUCAGAAUGAAAAAUCUUACGACGAUAUUUCAUCGAUUCCGUCCGGUCCUUCGCUUCCCGACUCCCUCGCAUCCAUCCGGGUCGCGUGGAACUUCUAAUCUUCUGCUCAAGUCAACCCCAUCGACCUUCCUUGCAGAUCUGGGAUUUCCACCUGGGAAGAUCAAGGGAUCAUCCCGAAUCUCUGCCGGCGGAUGUCACAAAUGACGCAGCCUUCCUGGUCAAGAGCUACGGUGACCUCGCGAACGGGAGUUCCUUUCCGACUGCGGAGGCGGUGGGAGACGUGUAUGAGAGCUGCACUUCCCUUCCGGGGGACAUCUCAUCGGCUGAUAUCUCUCAUCCCACGGCCCCUCCCAAGGAUAUCCUCUCGACCAGCACUCAAAAUGUACGUUCUUGUGCUUCUGUGUUCUUGCUAUGGUCUUCAUCCUUAUUUAUCCAGCUUCUUGAUGCCGAAACUGGAGUUAGAUCCCCGACUGGUUUGAGAUCGAAGAGAAAAUCCAUUUGGGAGGGGUUGGAAUGGAUCUGUUUAGAUCUGGGUUGGUGUUUUUAUGAGUGAAGUUUUCCCCUUCUGGAUGAUUUUCGAUGGCCCUGAUCUUCGUAUGAGUUCUCUCCGCAGCUAGGAGCAGUCCAGGCUGACGGGAAAUGGCGGGCUGGGUUAAACUCGGGGAGCAACUGGGCGUCGAUAUCCUCCCAUAACAUGGCGACUGUGGUUGGGCCGUCUGGCGCUUCUUCGGGCGAGCCCAAGCCGAGCUGCAGCUCCAGGGACGUCUCCUUGGGCGACCAGCUCCCCCCUGCUGCCGGCAGCGGCGCCACACGGCUAGCUGGCAGGAUGGACGGGGACCUGCUCGCUAUGAACAGAGACAGCGCCAUGCUCCGCUACAGGGAGAAGAGGAAGACCCGCAGGCAAGCUAUCGAAUCGCUCUCGUAUCUGCUCUUCCAUUUGCUCUCUCUCUCCCUCUCUCUCUGAAUUUCUUCCGCUUGCAUCGUGUGCAGAUACGAGAAGCGGAUACGCUACGAAUCCAGGAAAGCGAGGGCGGAUACGAGGAAGCGGGUGAAGGGGCGCUUCGUGAAGUCCGCCGAAGGAGUCGACGUCCAGAGCUGCGGUUGA